AUGUCCCACGUGACCGAGACUAUGGACUCCCUGAGCAGCAUCCGCGCCUACGGGGUCCUGGACCGAUUCUCCGCCCACUUCUGCCGCCUGGUGGACGUCAACAUGCGUGCCUACUGGACCUACUGCUGCCUGUACCGCUACGCGCGCCUGGUGACCUUCUUCUGCGGCUUCCUGGUGGUCCUCUGCACGCUGCUGCUCACAGUCCUACUCCUCCGGGAAGACUUGCCACCCGACCCGAGCGCCCUCGGACUCAGCGCCAGCGCCGCGUCGGCGCUCCUACAAACAUUGUCUAUCAUGUGUCUGGCGAUGUUCUCCGCCCUUCAAGCUGCGGUGGGCUUCGAGCGCUGCCUCGACUACACCGAGCUUCCUCCCGAGAGUGAGGUUGAGCCCGGACUGGAGAAGUAUGACCUUGGCCCGGCAGUAUCGAAGACCUCGGAGUGGCCGCAAGAAGGCAAAGUGGAGUUCCAGUCGUACGCGGCGUCGUACAACCCCGGAAUUCUACCGGACGUGCUCAAGGGCAUCACCUUUACGGUGCAGCCUUCUGAAAAGGUAGGCGUGGUGGGACGCACAGGGGCCGGGAAGUCCUCCCUGGUCAUGGCUCUGCUCCGGGUGCUCAAGAGUUCCCAUGGCUGCAUCCGAAUCGACGGGCUGGACAUUGCCCGUGUUCCGAUCCGGAGACUACGAUCCCAAGUCACAGUCAUCCCGCAGGACCCAAGCCUGGUGCGGGGAACCCUGCGCGAGAACCUCGACCCCACAAACUCGCACACCGACGAGGAGAUCUGGGCGGCCCUGGAGCAGUCUCACCUUCGCCAAGUCGUGGCGAGGGACCCCAAGCAGCUGCUUCUGGACACUGGGGACGGUGGCUCCAGUUUCAGCGUGGGUCAGCGGCAGCUGCUGUGCCUCGCUCGUGCCCUGCUGAGGAGACCCCGGCUGCUGGUGCUGGACGAGGCCACGUCACAGAUGGACGGCGACACGGAUCAGCUGAUUCAGGCUACGCUGAGGGAGGCUUUCGCCCACUGCACCCAGCUCACCAUCGCGCACCGAUUGCACACUAUCCUCGACUACGACAAGGUCCUCGUGAUGGCUGAUGGACGUGUAUUGGAGUACGGAACUGUGCAAGAGUUGCUCUCCAGACCGACGUCAGCGUUUAAGCAGAUGGCCCAAGAAACGCUGUCCAAAACUGAAUCUGAAAUAGCCAGUCUAUAA